AUGACACCUUUAUAUUGGUAUGAGUCGGGAGAGAAUGUUGUAAUUAGACCUGAGAUCAUUCAGCAGACGAGUGAGAAGAUCAAGGUAAUCCAAGAGAAGAUGAGAGCUUCGCAGAGUCGCCAUAAGAGCUACUGUGACAAGCGAAGGAAGGAACUUGAGUUUCAAGAGGAGGAUCAUGUAAAUUUUAGAGUUACUUCGAUAAGUGGUGUUGGUCUAGCUUUGAAGUCUCGAAAGCUCAUGACGUGUUUUAUUAGUUUGUACCAGAUAUUGCAUAGGAUAGUAGAGGUGGCCUAUCAGAUUGCUUUGCCACCGCAGCUUGCCAAUCUUCAUAAUGUGUUUCAUGUGUCUCAAUUGAGGAGAUAUAUUUCAAACACGUCUUAUGUGAUCCAAAUGGAUGAUGUACAGGUGAAAGAUAACCUGAUUGUUGAGGCAUUACCCAUGCGGAUAGAGGAUCAACAGGUGAAGUAG